AUGCUUCGUCUCCGUCGAUACAGAGUUUUUGUGGUCUUCGCCAUCAUCAGCGUUGUUGUCUUCGUUCAUUUCUUUCGAAUCCGUGAUUGGUCUGGCCCCCCCACGCUCUCUAACGAACCUGUAGAAAAACAGAAGCCCCUUCCACCUCCAACGGCACCCCCGUCUCCUAAUGGUUCGCCGGCCCUCCAGCAAACACCCGGCGUUGGGAAUUCAAACGACCAUGGCUUUGCACCGGAAUCCAAAACAGCAAUCCCUUCCUCUGACCCGCUACCCUCAGCUUCUCCAGUAGCGAAGCCCCCUGCAGCUCAGCCGUCCGUUCCUAGCUCUCCACAGAAGGAAUCAACCAAACCACAUCCACUGACAAAGCCACAUUUUUCACCGUCGGAGGACGACGAGUUUGGAUCUCCUGGUAAAGGGAGGGUGGAAGCUAACAACCCUGACAGUAGCGAUGUCCGGUGGGAAAAACCACCCGAGCAUUUCCCGGUUGCACCGGAGGACCUUAUUAAACUUCCUCAGGGGAUGCUCGAGACGCUGCCCAAGAUCCAAUUCGAAUUUCCAGAAGAGUCCCCAGCAGAUAAAGCCGAUCGCGAGGCGAAACUGGCCGCGAUCAAGCAAUCGUUCAAUCAUUCGUGGACGAGCUAUAAAGCAGAAGCAUGGGGCCAUGACGAGCUGCGUCCAGUUCUUGGCGGAUACCGUAACCCAUUCUCGGGAUGGGGCGCCACGUUGGUCGAUGGCUUGGAUACGCUCUGGAUAAUGGGCAUGGUGGAUGAGUUUGAAGAGGCCGUAGAAGCGAUCAACAAGAUUGAUUUUGCUACUAGCCCAAGGCAAGAUAUACCCCUCUUUGAGACUGUGAUUCGCUACUUGGGCGGCCUUAUUGGAGCUUAUGACGUCUCGGGAGGUAAAUAUCAAUGUCUAAUCGAUAAGGCUGUCGAACUUGCAGAGAUAUUGAUUGGUGCAUUCGAUACUCCUAAUCGAAUGCCCGUUACGUACUACCAUUGGGCACCGGCAUAUGCGUCACAACCGCAGCGUGCUAGUUCUAGGACUGUAACCGCGGAAAUUGGAACCCUGUCGCUUGAAUUCACUCGAUUGACACAGAUUACAAAGGAAGAGAAAUACUACAAUGCUGUUGCAUGGAUCACCAAUGAGCUUGAAAAGUACCAGGAGAAGACGAAAUUGCCUGGGCUAUGGCCAACACAUAUAGAUGCUUCCGGUUGCAAAAAGAUUAUGCGACUCGUAAAGCAGCCUGCGGAAUUGCCUAUUGGUUUAACGCCCCCUACAGUCCCUGAAGUUAAAUUACCAGAGAGGCAUAUUCAGAAGCGGGAGGAAAUGGACCCCAUUCUGGUCGACGCAGAACCUGCAGAUUACAACCUGAAGCCUGGUUCGCAGCCUCUGCCAACCCUUCGGGCGGAGCCAAGCUCCGACGAUGACCAGUCUGCCAAAGGCAACCUCGAGUCUUCGAGUGAAUAUGAUUGCAAAAACCAAGAUCUUACAUCCCCACCUAAGUUUCAAACAGAUAGAUUUACCCUUGGCGGGCUUGUAGACUCCGCUUACGAGUACUUGCCCAAACAAUAUGCACUUUUGGGUGGCCUCAAUGAGCAGUACCGAACUAUGUAUGAGAAGUCCAUGAAUGCGGUCAGGAAAUAUCUUCUAUUCAGACCUAUGUUACCGGAUAAACGAGACAUUCUAUUCAUCGCAUCUGCUAUCGCGAGAGAGCCUGUGACUGAAAAGGACGAUCUAAUGCUCACAUAUGAAGGCUCUCACCUGGCUUGUUUUACAGGUGGCAUGUUUGCUCUUGGUGCAAAGCUCUUUGGGAUUGAAAGCGAUCUAGACAUUGCCGCUAAACUGACCGAAGGCUGUGUAUGGGCAUAUGAAUCUACCACGACAGGUAUUAUGCCGGAAAGUUUUGAAAUGCUGCCUUGUGGAUCUCUGGAACCCUGUGAAUGGAAUAAAACCAGAUACUAUGACGCUCUAGACCCGUACUUUGAAGAGCGAAAGUCGUAUCAUGACCAAAUAGUCGCGGAACAUGCUCAGCAGCUCGCAAAGUCCAUGCGCUCCAACGAACCGGCGACCAGCUUUAAGUCUGACCCGCCGAAGCGACAAUCCAUUCCAGGAGCCCCCGGUGAGAAGCCAGACGCUCAGAAACUCGUCAAACGCCAGGACCUUGGCCCACCAAAGACUGCAGAAACCGCUGCUAUCGCUACACCGGCAGUUAUCCCCCCCUUUUGGAAUGAGAUAGAUGUUCCCGCCUUUCUCUCCCAUGCGGAGUUUGCCGAAGCAACUAUUAAGGAAGAUCGUCUACCGCCCGGAGUUUCCACAAUCUCAGCGCGAAAAUACAUUCUUCGCCCUGAGGCGAUCGAGUCGGUUUUUAUCAUGUAUCGUAUCACAGGAGAUAACUCCUGGAGGCAGAAAGGAUGGAAUAUGUUCCAAGCCGUUGAAGCUGCGACGAGAACGGACCUUGGGAAUUCGGCUAUUAAGGAUGUCACGAGCAGGGUACCUAUGUUCUUGAAUGAGAUGGAGUCGUUCUGGCUUGCGGAAACGCUCAAGUAUUUCUAUUUGCUGUUUAGUGAUCCAGAGCUUGUUAGCUUGGAUGAAUAUGUCCUCAAUACCGAAGCACACCCGCAUAAACGCCCCUUGCCGUGA